CUUCCCAAUUCCCUUGGGUUGCAAAUGUAAACAACCUAAAAUUAUCAUAUAAUUUUAAUUUCCUAAAUAAAAAUUUCAUAUUUUUUAAUUUAAAAUAAUUUUAUGAGACAAUAUAUACGAGUUCUUUCUGUAGUUAGUAGGAAUAUCAUGAAAAUGGAAUCAUCGACUUCAGGAGUUAAAAAAAGUAUAAUAGAGGGUCAAGCGGAAAUUCGCGUAUCUUCCGAAAAAGUAUUUUAUAACCCAGUUCAAGAAUUCAAUAGAGAUCUUAGUAUUGCUGUUUUGAGUGUAUUUAUCAAUGAUUAUAAGAAUGAAAAGAUCGCAAAAAUUAAUAAAAAGUUAGAUGCAAAGUCACAGGAAGGUGUACAAGAUGAAAAGAUUGAAGAGAUUCCCAUAACAAUUUUAGAAGCUUUAUCAGCCACUGGCUUGAGAAGUAUUAGAUAUGCAAAAGAAGUGCCAAAUGUAACUAAAAUUGUUGCAAAUGACUUAUCUGAACAAGCAGUGGAAACGAUUAAAGAUAAUGUUGUAUAUAAUGGUGUUGACAAUUUGAUUGAAACUAGCCAUGAUGAUGCUUGCAUGCUCAUGUACAAACACAAAUCACCAGCAAAAAGAUUUGCAGCCAUCGACCUAGAUCCCUAUGGAUGUCCCUCCAUAUUCCUCGACUCGGCUGUACAGAGUGUACAAGAUGGCGGCCUCUUGCUUGUCACAGCAACUGACAUGGCGGUUUUGGCGGGAAACUCGCCAGAAACUUGCUACGUCAAAUAUGGUGCUGUUAGUCUUAAAACUAAAUGCUGUCAUGAAAUGGCACUAAGAAUAUUACUCCAAAGUAUAGAACAUCACGCAAAUAGAUACAGCAGGUACAUAGAACCGAUGCUCAGCAUAUCGGCUGAUUUCUACAUACGCGUGUUUGUGAGGGUGCAUUCGGGCGCUAUACAUUGUAAAAAAACAACCAGUAAGCUAUCAAUGGUGUACCAAUGCGUGGGUUGUGACAAUCUAACGUUACAACCGUUGGGCGCGUUCAAACCGAACCCGACGGAAAAGAACCCGGAACAAAUGAAGAGCUGCCUGCCCACUGUGCCGCCGGUUUCGGAGUUCUGUGUACACUGUAAUCAGAGGCAUCACCUAGGUGGUCCUAUAUGGUCAGCGCCGAUCCACAACGCGGAAUUCGUUUCCCGCGUAUUGCAUCACGUAGAGGACAAUAGCCACAGAUUCGGCACGUCCAAACGGAUAAGCGGUGUGUUAUCUGUGGUCCUAGAGGAGUUGCCAGAUGUGCCGUUAUAUUAUAUAUUGGAUAAACUGUUUGGUAGAGUUCAUUUGGAAACUAUGCCGAUGUUGAAAUUGCGAUCAGCAAUCCUGAACGCUGGCUAUCAAGUAUCCUUCUCACACGCGUCAAAGUUAUCAAUCAAAACGACUGCGCCUGCGCAGUUCCUAUGGGAUAUAAUACGGACAUGGGAGAAAACGCAUCCCAUCAAACGGGCCAAGCUUGAAGCAGACCUUAUAACGAAGUUCAUACUAAGCCAAGAGAUCAAAAGCACAGUGGAUCUAACAGAACGACCGGAUUCGAACCCAGUGAGUAGAAGAAACGGGGCCCUGAGGUUCCAGUUCAACCCGGCACCGUAUUGGGGCCCCGGGUCCAGGGCCUCUAUUAAUGUGGGUGAAGGCAAAAUGUCAAAGGCGGUUCGGAACCAGAAUAAAAAGGGUAAAAAGCAAGAAAAGCGGGAACAUUCACCGCGCAGUGAUGACGAAGGCCGCAAGAAACAGCAUGUUGACGAUAUUCCUGUACAAUAAAAUGUUUUGUU